GAUGAGACUGCGUCGUCUGCAGACAUCUCCCAUUCAUGUUAUGAGACGUCACUCACCUACUACUACUACCUGAGGUUUUCGUAAGAGGCCACAGAGGAGGAUCCUGCCGUUUGCCAACAAUCACAUGCAGAUUGUUGCUUCUUUACUUACCAAGACCUCCGCGUGGAAGGCGGUAAAGCAAUGUGCUGAGCGGGAACGUGUUCGUCUCUUACAGCUAAAUAGAAUUGUCACAGGUUGCAAAAUGGAAAGUAAGGACGUGAAAGUUCUCCUUGCUUUUGAUUUUGACCAUACCCUCAUUGACAACAAUAGUGACACUUAUAUCUAUAAACUUGCCCCAGGCCACAAGAUUCCAGCAGAUCUGAAGAACUUGUAUCGUAAGGAUGGUUGGACCCACUACAUGGGGGAAGUAUUCAAGUAUCUUCACAGCAAUGGCAUGAGAAAAGAGGACAUUUUGAAUUGCUUAAAGGAAAUUAAACUGACAGAUGGAAUGAGAGAAUUGUUAAUUGGAGUUCCAAAAGACCUUACAGAAUUUAUCAUUAUAUCAGAUUCCAAUGUAGUAUUUAUUGAUCACAUUUUACAAAACUUAGGCAUAAGGGAACUCUUUUGUAAUAUUUUUACAAAUCCAGCAGAAUUUGAUGAAAAUGGAUGUUUGCAUCUUCAGAUGUAUCAUCAUCAAGACUGGUGUAGUCUUAGCACAAAGAAUUUAUGUAAAGGUUCCAUUUUGGCAAAUUAUGUCAAAUCUAGGGAAGAGGAAGCCAAUGUUCACUUUUCAACCAUAGCAUAUGUUGGUGAUGGAGUGAAUGAUUUCUGUCCUAGUCUCCGUUUGAAAUAUUGUGAUAUUGUUUUUCCCAGGUGUGGCUAUGACCUUUUAAAUGUCAUUCCUAAGAUGGAAGUUGAAAAGGGGUUGAAACUUGAUGCAGAUGUUUGUCCAUGGGAUACUGGCAAAGAUAUUUUAGAAAGACUGCUGUUAUGUUAUAAUGGAGUUGGUCAUCUGGAAGUCCCAAGACCAAGAGUAAGAGACCAACUUCUUAAAGUUGAAAAUUAGCAGCUUCAUCAUGUUUUAGAAUUGGUUUUGAUCUAGCAAAAUACAUUAUGCUAUUUUUGUUCCAUAAAAGUUUUUAUACAAUAAGUAAUGUAUUUUUAUUGUAUAUUGCUACCUCUCAUAUAUUUUUAGAAUUCUGUGGUAUCCUAAGCUGUUGGAUCACAUUAAAGAUUAUCUGUGA